AUGUGCGAGCGGGCGGCGCGCCUGUGCAGGGCCGGCGCGCACAGGCUGCUCCGGGAGCCGCCGCCGCAGGGCCGGGCGCUGGGCGGGCUGCUGCGCUGGGUGGGCGCCAGGAUGGGCGAGCCCCGGGCGCCGCUGGCCCCCGACGCCCCCGCCGGCCCCGCCGCCGACCCCGGCCCCGGCCCCGCCUCGCCUCGCGGGGGCACCGCCGUCAUCCUGGACAUUUUCCGCCGUGCGGACAAAAAUGAUGAUGGGAAGCUGUCCUUGGAGGAAUUCCAGCUCUUCUUUGCAGAUGGUGUCCUCAAUGAGAAAGAACUCGAGGAUCUCUUCCACGCAAUUGACUCCGACAACACCAACCAUGUGGACACAAAAGAGCUGUGCGAUUACUUUGUAGACCACAUGGGGGACUAUGAAGAUGUCUUGGCCUCCCUGGAGACCUUGAACCACUCUGUCCUGAAGGCCAUGGGCUACACCAAGAAGGUAUACGAGGGCGGGAGCAACGUGGACCGGUUUGUGACCCGCUUCCUCCUGAAGGAGACAGCCAAUCAGAUCCAAUCGCUGCUGAGCUCCGUGGAGAGUGCAGUGGAGGCCAUCGAGGAGCAGACCAGCCAGAUCCGACAGAACCACAGCAAACCCAGCCACGGCAUGGUGGAGACCUGGUAUGGAAGCCCCAGUCUGCCUUACACCCCCAACCAGAAGCUCACAGCCACGGACCAAGGGAGGAGCCCUCUGUCUGCCACCUCGGACCCAAAGGAGGAGGGCCUGGAAGCCCAGGUCAGCCGGUUGGCAGAGCUGAUUGGGAGGCUGGAGAACAGGACACUCUGGUUUGACCUGCAGCAGCGCCUCUCAGAUGAAGAAGGCACCAACAUGCACCUGCAGCUGGUCCGGCAGGAGAUGGCCGUGUGCCCCGAGCAGCUGAGCGAGUUCCUGGACUCCCUGCGACAGUACCUGCGGGGCACCGCCGGGGCGAGGACCUGCUUCCACAUCGCCGCGGUGAGGCUGUCGGACGGUUUUACCUUCGUCAUCUACGAGUUCUGGGAGACGGAGGAGCAGUGGAGGAGGCACCUGCAAAGCCCUGUGUGCAAGGCAUUCCGGCAUGUCAAGGUGGACACGCUGAGCCAGCCUGAGGCCCUCUCCAGGAUCUCGGUGCCAGCUGCUUGGUGCACCGUGGGCUGA